GCCAUUGGACUUUGGACGUACCCUGUCACAGCGAACUAAUCGAGGGAAGGCGAAAAUGGCGUGGUGCGCCGCCGCGAGAAGCUUCAACAUGCCGGCGAUCGAUGUAGGUGCACUGCGAGCUCGAACUCCGUUGUGUAUGGGAGUAGGAUGCUUAUCCUUGAUUGGCGCUAGCUAUCGCCGUUCGCCGAUCUUCGCCUCUUUAUCCAUCUCCACUGACGCUGCCGCCGGUAUAAAAGAAGCUGUGCAAACAGAUAAGGCUCCUGCUGCGCUCGGGCCAUAUUCUCAAGCUAUUAAAGCAAACAAUAUGGUUUUUGUGUCUGGGGUUCUUGGACUUAUUCCAGAGACUGGAAAAUUUGUGUCGGAUGAUGUGGAGGAUCAAACUGAGCAGGUACUCAAGAAUAUGGGCGAAAUACUCAAAGCAAGCGGCGCAGGCUAUUCAUCUGUUGUAAAAACCACAAUAAUGUUGGCCGAUCUGAAAGACUUCAAAAAGGUCAAUGAAAUCUAUGCCAAAUAUUUUCCGGCACCUGCACCAGCUCGCUCGACUUAUCAGGUGGCAGCACUGCCCAUGGAUGCAAGGAUCGAAAUCGAAUGCAUAGCUGCACUGCCACAGUAGGCACCUUUGCCGCGAGUGAAUCGAAUAAAUCAAGGUAUGCUGCAUAAGGGCACAUUUAGUUGUUUAAUUUAACUGUGAUUUUGAGCCAGUAUUUGUAUUUAUUGUACUUAGACGACCAUUCUUAGAGCCUAUGGUAAUUAUUCGAGCUCCGUACUUCUACGAUGAUGCAUGCCCAAUGACAUCUAGAAUAAGUUAGUCGUGAGAGUAGGGGUUUGUAUGCCCGAGACAGGUUUGAUGUCUUUUCAAAUAUCUAUUUAUUAUUAAAAAAAUAUUUUUAUUUGUA